CUGUCUGAUCUUUUUCUGCCCACGUCUGUCUCCCAGCUUUCCCGCCGCCCCCUUGUCUGCCCGAUUCUGCUUCCCCCAUCUCAGAAUGCGUGUCCUCCCUCUCUUGUCUCUAGGAUCUUGUGGGCACAUUUUUUUAUGCAUCCAUUGCCUCCUGCCCACCCCCGCCCCUCGCUCUCCACCCCUCCCUGGCCACUGCCUCCCUGCCUCAGCUCAGUGGGGUCUGCAGCCCCUCCGCUCUCCUGUUGCUCAGAGAUGAGGAGGCAGUUGCUAAGAGACAGAGAAACGUCAGUACCUGGCCCUCAAGGAAGAAAGAGAGAGCGAAAGAAAGAAGGGGAAAGGAGGUGGGGAAAGACCUGGUUGGAAUCACACACACACACACACACUCACACACACAAGCAGAGGCUGCAAUUCAAGGAGAGACUGAAAUUUCCUCAGUGUCCUUAUUUUCAAGAGGGACAGAGGAACGGAGGCAAGAAAGACUCCAUGGAAUGAGAAGGCUAAUCUGGCAGGAAGCAGAGGCAUCUCUAAUGGAUUAAGGCAACAUUUUAAAAAAAUAUCUUCAGCUCAGAGUUGUCCUGGAAGAAGUUUAGCCUGGGAAAGAAGACGAAGCUUCAAGGACAGCAUUAUACUCCUUCUCCUGACGCUUAUUAUUUGGACCCUGAAAUCAUGAUUAUUCUUGGCAUACAGCUUCCGGCUUAGUUUUUCAAGUUAGGCACAACAUGGAUUCAUGUACCUAUUUCAGUGGCUCUAGUUCUGGAGGGCGGCAUCUGCUCCUAAAGUGAAAGAGAAUGGCUAGCCAUCUUCCCAAACAAGUAAAAAUUUGGACUGCUAAGAGGCUCCCCAUCUCCAGCCUUAGUUUCUCCUGACCUUUCCAAGAGGGACUCAUUUGGAAGUUUAAUCCAGUUUAGCAGCAGUUUAUCAAGAGGACCUUCUGCAGACAUUAGCUUUCUGGGAAACAGAAAAGGAAACAGCGGAAGACAGCUGUUUCAUUUAUUUUAAUAAUACCUGAAUGAUUCCAGGAGAAGUUCCUUCCAGUCUGGUAGAACUGCAGGUAGAAUUACUGAGACUGCAAAAAGCAGUGACCUGAUUAUAUUUUUCUAGUGCAACGAGAAACUUCUGCAAGUCAUCAGCAAAUUAUGUCUCCAGCACACCAAAACAAAAUAAAACACACUAAAAAAAGAGCACAUUUUAUCUUAACUCAAGAUCCAGAAAUCUAGCGAUCAAUAGAUCUUGGAUAAAAAUUAUCAGCUUUGUUUACAUUUUUUUUUAUUAUAAUCUUUUAACUUCUCCAUAGAAAUUACAUAUGCAUGUAUGCAGGUAGAUUACACUCUUCAACUUCCUACAGAAAAAAAGUUAUUUAGGAAGCUAAACAAGCUACCAAAACUUGUCAGCUUCUCGCUUAGUUAUAACUCUUUUAUGGUCCUAUAAGUGCCUCAAGAUCUGACAAAUUUCCGAUGUUCCUCAUUUCUCCAACCAUAAUGUAGCAGUUUUUUGUCAGUGAUUCCCAUUGGCUGGAUUGUGUCUCCACCCAUUGCUGCCCCUUCUUGAUUGGCCUCUCUUUGCCAUGUAGCUUCCACCUUGCCAAAAUGAGUGCAGACUGUGUCCAGCUGGGAGGAGAGCAGUUUGUACCCCAUUGCUCUCCUGCCAUGAUAUUAAGCCCUUUCCUUGUAGCAGUGGUAGUAGUCUUUGCCAGUGCUGUCACUGGUUGCCCAGUUCUGUGCACAUGCCGCAGCCAGGCCGUGGAUUGCAGUGGACUACGACUGUUUUCAGUCCCACCAGAUCUUCCAUUGGAUACCAGAAACCUAAGCUUGGCUCACAACCACCUCACAAGCAUCCCUCCUGGAUACCUUACCUGCUACUUGGAGUUGAGAGUAUUGGAUUUGCGGAACAACUCCCUUGUUGAACUACCAGUUGGACUCUUUUUGACAUCUAAGCAUCUUUCCCACUUGGACUUGAGCUACAAUAACUUGACUCAGGUGGUGGCUAAUAUGUUUCAGGAAGCCUACAGCCUGGUACAUGUUGACUUAAGCCACAACCCUUGGCUGAAGAAGAUAGACCCCCAAGCUUUCCGAGGCUUGGUCCAACUACGUGCGCUUGAUCUCAGCUAUGGGGCUCUGUCUUUCCUUAGCCUUGAAGCCUUAGAAGGUCUCACAGGCCUGGUGACUCUUCAAAUUGGAGGCAAUCCCUGGAUAUGCGGUUGUACCAUGGAGCCACUGCUGAAGUGGUUGAGAAAUAGGAUCCAGAGAUGCAUGUCAGAUACCCAACUGGCUGAGUGCCGUGAGCCACCUGAAAUGGAGGGUGCUUCUUUGCUUUCCCUGACAGAGGAGAGCUUCAAGGCUUGCCACUUGACCUUGAGCCUGGAUGAUUAUCUCUUCAUUGCCUUUGUGGGCUUUGUGGUUUCCAUUGCUUCUGUUGCUACCAACUUCCUGCUGGGCAUCACUGCCAACUGCUGCCACCGUUGGAGCAAGGCAAGUGAGGAUGAGGAGAUGUAGUCAGCUGGCCUGAUCCUUCCUGCUCCUGCAUCGUUCACAGCCAAGGAAGGGAGAGGGGGCAAGGACUGUCAUGCUCAGGGAAAACAAGGAAACUUGUCUUUCCCCCACUAUGCUGUUUUCCUGAGCCUUCCUCCUCACCUGCAGGCAGCAUCAGACUGCCAUCCAUCCAUCUAUCUGCUUGUUUGGAGACAGGGCCUGUAGGGAUAGGAAGACUGAAGUGUGCCUUGUACAAUUCUGUUUGUGCUGGAAACAGCCAGACAAGUUCUGAAAAAUGACAAAAACACAUGCUCAGACCACCCUUCAUCCUUUGCUUUCUCUUCUUUGCUCCUGCUUAAUACAUACUUAACAUCCUUCCCCCCCCCCCAUGUGCUUGUUGCAUAGUCUCUAAAUUCAUAAGUGGAGUAUAUAAUCGCUCAAAGAUCCACUUGCAAUGCAUAUCCAUAUGACUACUGACCAAUGAGGAAAAAAAAUCCAAAACUUUCCUUUUGGGAACCUUGAAGAAUUCUGCCCUCCAGAUCAUUCCAUCCCAUAACUACAUCAAGGAAGGUUGUUUGAAGAAGGUUCAUUCUCAAGCAUGAAAGUAUUAUCCCUUGAGCUUUGUCCACAAGUUCCAGUGGUCGUCCUUUGGACAUAUUUAUACAUUCAGAACUUGCAGUUUUAUCAGUAACUCCCCCCCCAAAAAAAAAUAUUUUGGAGACAAAAAAAAAAGAAGGGCAGAUAGACUAUUUUUCAUCCCAAUUGCUAAUUAUUUUAGUAUAGAUGGUGCUACAAUUUACACAAAUGUCUGUUGGUUUUAUGCCCAGCCUCAUGCUAACCAAACAGAUUCUGGCUAGACUGGCCUGCCAAGAGAGUUCCUGACCUGAACUUCAAAUAUGGCAGAUAUGCAGAGAAUUACUAUACUGCAUUACAGGAGUAUAAAACGUUAAAUAAUUAAAAUAAGUACCAUUAUAGAAUAAGGCUUUAAUGUAUUGCUCAUAAAAAAAAUAGAUAGAAAUAGUGUAAGACAGCCAAGUUGGUUCCAAAAGUGUUAUAGAGUUUUUAUAGGUGUGAACAUUGAGGUGAACAUUGGAGGAUGAUCGUGUUUUGGGUUGGGUGGAAUUGGACUAGCCUGAACGGGGGAGGGGGGGAAGGGGGAAGAUGUGGAUACUUGUUGGAAAUAAUGUUUGUGGAGGAUUAAAAAGUAUAAGAUGUUUCUUCCAUAGACAUUUUAGAGAAUCACCCUAAACUAGCAAUUUUUUCAACAUAUUGGCUGCUUUGUUUAUUUUUUCAAUAUUUUUCAAACUAUAUCUACACCACAAGGUCAGUUUAUGUAUCUACUUAACUGGUUUUCUCUAAAUGUUCUCCGUUAGAGAAUCUUAGUAAUGAAGAAUUGUAUCAAAUUUGAAUGCAUAGUGUAGCAAAUUUAUGCAUAGUGACAUGGUGCCAAGGGAUCACUAGCACUAGAUGGUGCUAAAAGUCAGAAUUCCAAGGGACAUGUGGGAGAUUUGAAGGAAGUCACAUUUAGUGUUAACAAAGAUUAUUUCUCCAGAUCUAAUUGAACUGAAUUGAAAAAUAAUGUGCAUUUAAGAUAUGAGGGUGAUGUUGACAACUCUGUCUCAUUGCUACAUUCCUUUGCUAUCCCAACACACUCAGCAUCUUUCAUAAAAACAUCUAUUGUCUUUAUUUUCACAACAUGAAAAAUCCCUAAGUACAGGAAUAAAUUAUUAUGGAAGUGUCCGUAAUAGAACAAUUAGAACAAAUGGAGAGAAUUAAUUUUUUUAAGCAACAGAGGAAGCCAAAAUCAGGGAAGGGAAUAGAACUGAAUACGUCAUUAUUUCAAUUUACAUAGUUCACAAGCCCAGUUCCUAGAAAUAAGUGUAAAAAUCAGAUGAACACCACCAAGAACAUUGAUAACAUAAUUUCUGCAUCUAGAUCUACAGUGCUAAUGGUGCACAUGAAGAUUGAGAUGCCAAGCAGGCAUAUUAGACUGUAACUAGUUAAUAUUAACUAUAGUUAAUAUUCCUGCCACAGGAAGCACCUUAUGAAGCCUAUAACUAUCUCAUAGAAAUUUGUGUCUUCUGAUUAUAGUUAAUAUAUUUCAACUUUUUAAUUUUUUUGCAUAGGUAUAGGACCAAACAAGAUACUGAAUGCUGCUAUUGGGGGAAAGGAGCUUGGGAGAGAGAAAGGAUAGUAAAAUCCCAUUGUUCUCAAUUACUCCCACUAAAAUCAAGAAGGUGGUGAGUGAAGUUGUCAUUCAAAGGAGACCAAUCCUUUCCUUCUUCUUUUAUGUACUUGAGGUUUUUUUACCCUGGUCAUUUCAUAGUGAGAUCUACCAGGUGAGACCCAUGAAGAUCUGAGAUCUCACAUAAAGAGCCAACUCUGCCAUCAGUCAAAAUGAAGCAGCUUGCAUCUGGCAGAAAAUAAAAUUGUUAAUUAUUUAGAUUUGUUGCUGUUGCUAUUGCUGUUGCUAUUGCUGUUAAGGAACCAUUACAGUUUUCAUCCCCAGAUGCCAAAUUGUCCCUGACAUGAUCAUUCAUUCGUUCAGGAAACCUACAAAUAAAGAUGUUCAAAAAUCACAACUUGACACUGUUCUCAUCACAGAGUAACUUGGGGAAAAAUAUAACACUGUGAUGAAAGGAUUGGAUGGAAGAAAGACUACUAAUUGUCAAGCAGCUCUAAAUGUUUGUUUUUAUGAGGCUUUCAGAAAUACCUGGAAACCAGUUGGUACAGGGCUAAAAUUAUAUAGAUGUUCAUUUGUAAGAUAAAAUUAUAUCAUGUGAAUUGUUCUCAAGCUCUGUGUAACUUGCCUGUGUUGACCUAUCAUGAAUUGCACAAAGAAAUAUUCAGGUUUAUGUUUAAGGAUCCCAGUCGUAGAGCAAUCUGUACCGGUGUUAACUUUUCUAUUCUAAUUACCAAGCAAAUAGAGAUGGAGAAAAAGAAACAUCGUUAUUUAACUUCUAAUAACAAUUUCCUAUUUUCACUAUUGAACACAGUACAUAUCUAUUGGCCAAUUAGGAAAACAUCAUUUUAUGUCUUGUAAUUUUACACAAUUGUGGUCAAAAAAGUAGAUUCCACCACUUCUUGAGCUUGCUUGAUUUCUGUCCAAGCUACUCUAAAAUUGUUCAAAUAACAAGCGUCAAGGUGCCUUUCAGUUUAUAAUUUCAUCUUCACAGAGGAUAUGUGGGGGGAUGAUCUAAAAAGUAUUUUUAGAAGUCCAGCUGGUGAUAAGAAAGUCAUAUGAUUAUUUAUGGUAUGUUAACCUGCAAUUCUCUGACAUUUGCAGCUGGCAAAACUGGUAAAAAUGAGUUGAAUAAGGUAGAAUGAAAACUGGGUUCUGAAUUCUCAUGCAGAACUUUCAUUGAAUAUGAAAGUUAACACACACUGACUGAACUCUUCAGAUAUCCCUUCAGAUUCCAAUUGUGUUAAUUGAAUUAAUUCUAGAGAAAUCAAUGUCAGUCACCAUCUUAUACAACUCAACUCUCGUGGGAUAAUUCUACAGUCCAGUCUUCCUCAACCUGGACAUUCUCAUAGAGGCAGACUCUAAGAAUACAUAAUAAUUGCCAUACUUUUUAAGGACUUCUUGAAACAGACGUCCCCACAUCUGAAGAGCACCUAGCUUGUAAAAGCUUAGCAUAAAUUAUGAGCUGUUUCAGUUGGAAUUGCCGUAGCUCUGAGAAUCUUUUAGAAAGAACAUAAAUUAAUAACCUAAUCCCAGUGACCGGGAUCUAUUUCUCAUACAUCUGUUUCUUAAAGGCAGCCAUAUUCUCUCGCAUUGCAAUUAUGGUUCUGAAAAUAGGGUUUAAAAAGUGAUUUUUACAGAAAAUCAUGAAGAAAAUGGGUUAUGCUGCUCCUUCCCAUACUGUUCUUUUUUUAUCACACAUUGCCUAUAUUUUCAAGAGUUGGUAUCAUGUAGACAACAAUAUCUCUUUCCAAUGUCCACUUAGCAACAUUUGAACAUGAAUCUUGUGGCUGAAUGUAACAUAAAAACUCCACCUUGUGUGCCCUUGGCA